GUCAGCUGACUGACAGCACCGCUGCCUUUGCAACAGGAAAUAACGUUACUGCGUUCAUUCAUACUCAGCUGUGACUAUGAAGAAGAACAAAGGCAAAGCGACCAGCACUGCUGAGAAGGAGUUUGUGUUUGAGUUCAGGGCAGGAAAACACAACUGUGUCCUCAAAGUUCCCCUGCAGUUUCCCGUUCAGGAGAACAUCAGUGACCUUCACGGGCGCCUGAUGCUGCUGCACAAAAUCCCCUGCUACAUAGAAAAUGAGCUGAAAACCUCGCUUUCCAACUUCAUCGAGAAGCAGACCAUUCUGGAUUAUGACAGAGAGGCAGAGCUGGCCUUGCAGAGGCUCACAACAGGAGAUGUAGAUGUGAACCGGCUCACCAAUGCAUGGACCAGGUCUUAUGUGGAGACCACGUUGGAGCAUGCUCGGCCCGAAGAGCCCAGCUGGGAUGAGGACUUUGCUGAUGUUUACCAUGAGCUGAUCCACUCCCCCGCCUCAGAUACUCUCCUCAACCUGGAGCACAACUACUUUGUUAGCAUCUCCGAGCUCAUUAGUGAGAGAGAUAUGGAGAUUAAGAAGCUACAGGAGAGGCAAGCAACAGAAAUGGACAAAGUGAUGCACGAGCUGGGAAAUACGCUGAGUGACCAGGAUGUGAAUGCAGUAGCUUCUCAACACUUUGAUGCGCAGCAGGUGCUGGAGAACAAGUGGGCCAGUGAGCUGAAGCAAGUCACCGGCAUCCAGAAGCAGGAGUAUCAGGAGUGGGUCAUCAAACUGCAUCAGGACCUGCAGAAAUCCAACAACAGCAGCAAAAUUAAUGAAGAGAUUAAAGUGCAGCCCAGCCAGCUGUCGGAGGCUGCAGAUUCUGGAGCCAGGAUGUUUGAAGAGCAACCUCAGCUGGAGGAGAGCUUCACCAUACACCUCGGAGCACAACUGAAGACGAUGCACAACCUGCGGCUGGUCCGAGCGGACGUGCUGGACUUCUGUAAACACCGGCGACACGGCAGCAGCGGAGCAAAGCUGCGGCGUUUACAGACGGCCCUCUCCCUGUAUUCCUCAUCACUCUGUGGCCUGGUGCUGCUGGUCGACAACAGGGUCAACUCCUACAGCGGCAUCAAGAGAGAUUUUGCGACUGUGGCGAAAGAGUGCACCGACUUCCACUUCCACUGUCUGGAGGAGCAGCUGGAGGAGGUGCAGCAGGUGGUGCUCUACGCCAGAGCCCAGCGGAGCAGCAAGCAGAAAGACCAACCUGAGAUUCCAAGGAAUGGAGGUGAUGAUAAGACCAAAAAUGUUGAAAGAAAUCCUGCUAAUAUCUUACCAGGUGAGUUCUAUAUCUCACGGCACUCCAACCUGUCAGAAGUCCACGUCGUCUUCCAUCUGUGUGUGGAUGAUAACGUCCGUUCAGGGAACAUCACGGCCCGAGAUCCGGCUAUCAUGGGUUUGAGAAACAUCCUGAAGGUCUGCUGCACACAUGACAUCACCACGGUUACCGUCCCUCUGCUGCUGGUCCACGACAUGUCAGAGGAGAUGACCAUUCCAUGGUGUCUUAAACGGGCUGAGCUGGUAUUCAAAUGUGUCAAAGGCUUUAUGAUGGAAAUGGCCUCCUGGGACGGCGGUAUAUCCCGCACAGUUCAGUUUCUAGUGCCAAAGACUAUCUCAGAGGAGAUGUUCUACCAACUGAGCAACAUGCUGCCUCAGAUCUUCCGUGUCUCCUCCACCCUGACUCUCACUUCGAAGCACUGAUGGGUAGACGUGCACCACAUCGCAUCCUUAACUCGUUUGGACAAACAGACGCAUUUUGUUUUAAAGGGAUCAACAAGUCACGUAUCGGAGAUUAAGUGAGUCCGUGAAAUAGCAGACAACUCUCAUUUGACAAAUAAGUCACGGAGGCAUUAAGGCACUUACAGCCGAGGUGCAAAAAGGAUUCUACAUGAGAGGAGACAUUUUUAUGCGGUUGAUGAACCUUGUUCGUGUUGCACCUUCCAAAGCUACACUCUGUAAGUAUUUCUCACUGAAAAAGGACUGGAUUCAUCAGCCACUGCAAUUGCCAUUUCAAGUCUCCGGGGUUUUACUGAAAAAUAUUCCAGUUUUUCUUUAAAUCUGUAGCUUUGCUCUUGUUUGAGCUAACGGAGCAUCUAAUUGUUGAGUUGGUGAAGAUGUUUUCCAGUUGGCAGGGAGUGAAAAUGAUGAAACAGACGAGGAAAAUGUGAAAACACAGUAUUGUUUACUGAAGUGAUCCGCUAUUAGACAAACUUCAACCCAACCACAUGAUGCCGUUUCACCACACGUAGCUGUACAGAUUAAUAAAAGUAUGUUGAUUGUAAAAAAUAAAGAAAGAAAGAAAAAUUUAAACCUCAAUUUUAGUUAUAAUGUAUGAACAUCCUAUCAUCAUAUUUAUCUGCUUAUGAAUUACUCAUGAUAGAUGACCGCACUGUUCAGCCAUCAUAUGAGAUUUAGGAGUGUAAUCUCGUGGGUAAUUGGCUUCAUGGUGGGGGGUUGGGUCCUCCACAGAGAACUGACAUGUACUUGGCUCCUCUAGUCCUAAAGACAAAUUGCGUUGCCGCUGAAACGAGCAGGUGAUUUUGUCUUGUGUUACGGAGGGUUGUGUAGCGAGGAUCGUGUGUGCGAGCGUGUACGGUCCCUCCCCUUUACCUGUGCAACAGCAGAUGGCACUGUUCCUGAACUCAAAGAUGUGAGAAGGGACGACUGCACACACACUUAAACACUUACUAAAAGAGAUUUUAAUGAGAGCCCACUGCCCAUUGGAAUUCAUCUCAAGCCAUUUGAGUCUGCGAUCAACCUGAGCAAACACUGCACUGAAAGUAGUCGUCCAAAACUUGAGCCUGCGCAGAUGUGAAUCCUGUAUAUUUACUUUGUAUGUUUACAUUUUUAUGUUUGAAUAAAAAAAGUAACACACUCAACA